AGCAGUGACUCGUAAUCGUAGCGACGAUUAGAGUUCGGCGAACCGGUGUGAUAGCACGAGAAGGUUGCGUUCGCGAUAAGCCAAUAUAGUUAUCAAGUGAAGUUUUGAUUGUGCUGCAAGAAAAAAAAGGAUUAAUCAUGCAGAUGCACGAGCAGAUCAUCAUAGCCGACGGGCAGGAGCAGCCAAUCUCCAGGACAUACCAGUACCGAAAGGUGAUGAAGCCGAUGCUGGAACGCAAACGUCGAGCGCGUAUCAAUCGCUGCUUGGACGAGUUAAAGGAUCUGAUGGUGACCGCGUUGGCCGGCGACGGUGAGAACGUGGCGAAAUUAGAGAAGGCGGAUAUUCUGGAGUUGACGGUCCGUCAUCUGCACAAGCUCCAGCGUCAACAACGUCUCUCGGCGAAUCCGGUGAUCGACGCUGACCGCUUCCGUGCCGGCUACACGCACUGUGCGAACGAAGUCAGUCGCUGCUUAGCCGCUACUCCUGGCGUUGACGUUGCCCUUGGCACUAAGCUGAUGACACAUCUCGGACACAAGCUCAACUCCAUGGACAAGACCAGCCCGUUGACCAUCCACGUGACUGCACCACAGUCCUCUCCAUCGCCCACCAGUGAGCUUAGCGCCGACGAGUAUCCGAUGCCACUGACGCCCGCGUCCAGCCAGCCAUCCCCGGUGCGAACUGACAUCGACACUGUUCCCCAGAGCCAUCAGGGUCUUCUACAGGUGGCCAAGCCGAACGAACCCAUCUGGCGGCCCUGGUAAACUUCUUCUCUGCCUUGACACGGCAAAUUCGCCAAAGUUUCUGAGUAAACUGGCGAAAAAAAGAUCUCGAAUCCGAAGGAUUCACAAACUAUCGACGCCGGUGUUGCAAUUUCUCUGUGAUCUGAAUGGAACGGACAUCGCGAGGAGUCUACAAGAGCGAAGAGUCUACCCCACAAAGAUCGCCUAGAUUUAAGGGGAGUUUCACUUGCUCAAAGGCAGUCGGACCGAAGCGGAAGUAUCAAGGCGAAUGUUAUGUCUCCCACAACGUUCUGCCAUCAGCAACCUCGAUAACGUUCCGCAAGAGUCGGACAACACUGGGAUCUCGAUACGUAGUUUUAUUCGCGGCCGCGCGCGGCUGAAGCUUUAAUUUACUCGACAGUUAGAUGUUUUCUAUUGUUUAUUUCAUACUUUUAUCGAGGAUGUUUUUUUCUUUUUAUUUUCUCACCGUAAUGUUAUUAUGUAAGUCUCACUACCGGUCAAGAGCAUCAGAUGUGGGACAAGAAUGAUGAAUAAUUUUACAAGGCGGCGAUUACGGUGAUUCCGCAAAGCGUGCGUCCAUUUCGUAUCUUUCAUGGCGCAAAUGUAUGUAUAAAAAUGACCGAGCGGAAGAUCUUGUGAUAGAGAAACGUGUACCUGUGAUAUUUACUGUAGUAGGCGUAGAGAUGAUAGAUUUUUAAUAAACAUGUUUCGUAU